CGGAACUCCAGCAUCGCUGGAAGCCACGGUUCUCUUUUUUUUUUCUCAUUAUUACCACGCUGACUCAAUGCGUCGUGCGGCUCUCCAAGCUUUCCGUACAGCUCGUCGCGCACCAGUAUGGCGGGUCGCUGGUAGAAAAUCGUGUGCUGUAUCAUUUACUAGCACCCGGCCUCUAGGACUCCGGCCCUAUACCUCGGGUAAAUAUCCUGCCUUCAUUCCUGCUUCCCUACAAUCCUCCAUGCAUCUACGGACCUUUUCGGUUGCUGUGAUCUCAACUGUCGUCGCCUCUGGAGCCUGGUACGCUUAUCAGGGCGACAAGUCUCAAACACCCACGGCGGCCGGUCUCAACGUGACUUCCUCUUCGCAAAUUCGCUCCAUAGCAACAACGUCCAGCGCCCACGCAGAAGAUCCUUCCGAAACGACUCGUCGAGCCUUGUUAGUUGAUCACGACCAGUUCUAUACCGCCACCCUUUCGGGAGAGCAGCCUUUGUUCAAAAACACCGAUGACUCGGACCGCCGAGUUUUAGAGAUGCUCACUCCCGAGCAAGCAACCCAGAAACUGAGAAAGAAUGAGGAGUCAUAUUUGGUAAAUCGGGGUAAGGGGGUUGUCCGCUAUGAUGUGGUCCAGGUUCCAAGCAAUUCUCCCAUUGAGGAUGACCAUGCGGAGAAGAUCGUCGAGGUCCCGGCCUCCUCAGCCGUUGCCGAACAAGGCCAAGCCAAUAGUGACUGGAUGUUCUGGGCAGUGUUUGACGGCCAUUCUGGCUGGACAACAUCCGCCAAAUUGCGCAAUGUCCUCAUUUCGUACGUCGCCCGAGAGCUAAACAGCACAUAUAAAACAGCCGCCUCCGACGCGUCACUGCUUGUGCCAUCCUCCGCAGCGGUGGAUGCCGCUAUCAAGCAAGGGUUUGUUCGUCUGGACAACGAUAUAAUUCACAACAGCGUCGACAAGGUACUCAAGUCCAACUCGCGACGUGUUGCGGCCGAAUUGCUUGCCCCUGCGCUCUCUGGAUCAUGUGCACUACUUGCGUUCUAUGAUUCUCAGACCAAGGACCUGAAGGUUGCUUGUGCUGGUGAUUCACGAGCGGUGCUAGGUCGUCGGGGUCCAAAUGGAAAGUGGUCAGCAACGGCUCUCUCGGAGGAUCAGACCGGUGGAACCCCUUCUGAGAUGACUCGACUACGUCAAGAACACCCUGGUGAGCCCAAUGUGGUGCGUAACGGAAGAAUCCUCGGUCAGCUGGAACCCAGUCGGUCGUUCGGAGAUGCUUUCUACAAGUGGAGCAAGGAAACACAAGAUAAGAUCAAGCGACAGUUUUUCGGUCGAACGCCCCAUCCUCUAUUGAAGACUCCUCCCUAUGUCACUGCUGAGCCUGUAAUCACAACCACCAAGGUUGAACCCAACCAAGGCGACUUUCUUGUGCUUGCAACCGACGGUCUCUGGGAGAUGUUGAGCAACGAAGAAGUUGUUGGCCUGGUUGGGCAGUGGAUUGAGGAACAAAAGGCGGGAGCCGGCAGUGGCAACAAGACCUGGGUUCAAAGCCUGUUUGGUCGCGAGGCCAACCAAUUACCUGUCGAAGCCCCGAAGGAGACAUCUACCGAUGGCCAGCGCCGACCUAUCCGUCAACAACAGUACGAUAUCUCAGGCGCUGCCAGCCGCUUCGUAGUACAAGACAAGAACGCCGCCACUCACCUUGUGCGCAACGCGAUGGGAGGGAAGGACAGCGACAUGGUCUGCGCUUUGUUGACUCUUCCUAGCCCUUAUUCUCGGCGAUAUCGUGACGACGUUACAGUUGAAGUAAUUUUCUUCGGCGAAGGACCAGAUAACCGCACCGUUUCCAUUAACGAAGAGGCCAGCGCGUCGGAGGAAAACGUCAAGGCCAAGCUUUGAUAUCUAACGGCCAGUCCCCGCAUAUUUCUUGAUCCGUCUUUCUCCGUCUUCAUUCUUGAAAAGAGCAUCAUGAUACUCCCAUAGUUAGUCAUCUUUUUU